AUGCCCCUUAAGUUACUAUUAGCUGAGGGGAAGGGGGAAAGGGGAGAAGAGAAGGGAGAAGGGGAAGAGAAAGAGGAGGGGAAGAAGGACGGGAGAGGAAAGGAGGAGGGAGGGAGGAGGAGGAAGAGGAGGGGGGGAGAAGAGGAAAGGGGAAGGGAGAAAGAGAGGGAGGAAAGAAAGAGGGAAGGAAAGGGAAGGAGAAGGAAAAAAGAAGGGAGAAGGAAGGGGAGAAGAGGGGAGGAAGGGAGAGAAAAAGGAGGAAAGAGGGAAGGAAGAGGAAGGAGAGGAGGAAGAAGAAGGAGAGGGGAGGAAAGAGGGGGGGAAGAGAAAAAGAGGAAAGGAAGAGGGGAAAGGAAGAGGAGAAAGAGAGGAGGAGAAAGAGAGAAGGAAGAGGAGAGGAGGGAGAGGAAGAGAAAAGGAAGGAGGAGGGGGGAAAAAAAAAAAAAGGGAGAAGAGAAGGAGGAGGGGGAGGAAGGAGGAAAGAAAAAGAGAGAGGAAGGGAAGGAAGGGGGGAAGGAAGGGGGGGAGAAGAAGGGAGAAAGGAGAGGAAGGAAGAAGAGGAAGAGGAAGAAAGGAAGGGGGAAAGAGAGAGGGGGGGAGGAAGAGGGAAGAAGGGAGAGGGAGGAAGGGGAGGGGGAGGGAGAAGAAGAGAAGAGAAAGAAGGGGGGAAGGGGGAAGGGAGGAAGGGGAAAGGGAGAAGAGGAAGAGAAGGGAGGGGGAGGAAAGGGGAGAAGGGAGGAGGGAAGAAAGGAGGGAAGGAGGGGGAGGAAAAGGGGGAGAGGGAGAGAAAGAGAAGGGGAGAGAGAGGAGGGGGAGGGGAAGGGAAGAGGAAGGAGGAAAAGAAGGGGGGAAGAGAGGGGGAAGAGGGAACGGAGAGGGAGGAGGAAGGAGGGGGAAAAGGGAAGGGAAGGGGGAGAAGGGGGGGAGGGAGGCGGGAGAAGGAAAGAGGGGAAGGGAAGGAAAGAGAGGAGAAGAGAAGGAAGAAGGAAAAGGGAAAGGGAAAGGAGGAAGAGAGGGGAGAAGGGAAAAAGAGAGAAAGAAAAGAAAAGGAGAAGAAGGAAAGGGAGGGAAGGAGGGGGAGAAGAAAGAAGGGGGGGAGGAGAGGGGAGGGGCGGAAAAAGAAAGGAAAGGGAGGAAGAGGAGAGGAGGGAAGAAAAGGGAGAGGAAGGAGAAGGAAAGGAAGAGAGGGGGAGGGGAGAAGGGAAGGAGGGAGGGGAAGGGGGGAGAAAGGGAAGAGGGGAAGGAAAGGGAAGGGAAAGGAGAAAAAAGAAAGAGGGGGAGGAAGGAGGAAGGAAGGGAGAAGGGAAGAAAGGGAGAAAAAAAGGGGAAAGAGGGAAUUUUUAA